AUGUCCCGAACCUUCAUCUCAACACUGAGAACUCAGUUCUCUAAGCCCAUCGGUAUUUCGGGCCCUACUGUCCAGCUUCUCUCUGGUGCAUCCUCCUCUUCCAUCACCGCUGCUAAGCAGUCCGUUCAGCUUUCAUCGCCUGUCCUCACUUUUGUUCGUCAUGCCACUAAGCGUGCCGCCGGUUCUAAGACCAGUAACAAGGAUUCUCGUGGUAGACGUCUUGGUUCUAAGAAGAGUGAUGGCCAGCAGGUUCAAGUUGGUGAAAUCAUUUACAGACAACGCGGCACUAAGAUUUACCCCGGUGAAAAUGUCGGCAUUGGUAAGGACCAUACUCUGUAUGCCCUCGAACCCGGUUACGUUCGUUUUUACCUCGACCCCUUCCACCCCAAGCGCAAGUUUGCUGGUGUCGUUCUCAAUAAGAUUCACCGCCUGCCCACUCCUCACUUUUUCCCUACAAACCGCAGAUUUGGCCGUGCCGAGAUUGUCGACCCUAAUGCCGCUGAAGCUGAACGUGACAACAUGUCUCGCAAGGAAUACCUUCUCCAAGAUUCUCUCUCCAAGCAGAAGGAAGAACGUGUUGCCAACCGUGUUGAAAAGCGUGCUAGAAUUACCGCCGAUCUUCAAAAACUUGUCCCUGGUCUUGAGGGUACUGAACUCGAAUCUGCUAUUGACUACCUUGUCACUGUCCGUGUCUACCUUUCUGGUGGCCGCUCUAUUGAUGAGUCCCACAAGUUUGCUCUUCGUGAAUACAAACUUGACACCAAUAUUGACAAGGUUGCCGGCCGUAUCACUGAGGAAGAGCUUGCUUCCAAGAUUGCUGCCAAAGAAGCUGUGAUUGCCAAGCUCAUUAAUACCGUCGCCUUCAACCCUGAGUUCAAUCUUACUAAAUACCUUACCAAGGAGGAAACUGCUGCCCUGAGACAGGAGAAGAUUGCCGCUAUUAAGGCUCUUUAUGAAGCCGGCCCCAUUACCCCCAAGAGCAAAAAGGAAAUCAUGAAGCUUAUUAAUUCGGACUGUUUCCCUAUAGGAUACCGGGUCGACUUGAAGAGACGUUAUCUCAAGACCAUCAAGCCCAGACGGGAACUCGACCUCAACCUUAAGAAGGCUGAAAUUCUUGAGCUUGAGAAGAAGAAGAAGGGCUCUGUCAUCAAGCGUUGGAAUUACCAGGCCGAGCACGUUCACCUUGACUUUGUUCCCAAGUCUGCGUAA